AGCAAAUCAUAACAAGGGUGGAAUGCUAUAUUUGCCUUUUCACUUUUAAGCAACAGUGUGAAUGCACAUUAACUGAUUAGUUUAGCUAAUUUCAGCUUCGUGUUUCUCUUCGGUAUUGAUUAGUUUAGUUGAGUAAAACCCUAAAUUGCAGAGCUCAUAGCUCAACAUUUUCCAUGGCUGCUCAAAUUUACCAUCUCCAAUCUACCUUUUUACCUUCACUAUCCGCCAAAAACCGAAGCCCAGAAUUUAAACCCUAUUCUUUCACGAUCUCAGCCUUCAAAUCCGGGAUCUCAUCCAUUGCCGGCCGAAAGCUACGAGCAGCCGUGAUUGGUGGCGGCCCCGCCGGUUCAUCUGCCGCUGAGGCCCUAGCGGCCGGCGGCAUUGAGACCUUCCUCUUCGAGCGCAACCCGCCAACAGUUGCCAAGCCAUGUGGUGGCGCCAUCCCGCUCUGCAUGCUCGAGGAGUUCAACAUCCCGCUCGAGCUCAUUGAUCGCCAGGUCAAUCGCGUGAAGAUCUUCUCCCCUUCCAACAUCGCCGUCGAUUUCGGCAAAACGCUCAAGCCUUACGAGUUCAUCGCCAUGCUCCGCCGCGAGGUUCUCGAUUCGUUCCUCCGGUCACGAGCACAAUCUGCCGGCGCUAAUCUCAUAGCCGGCCUCGUCACGAAUCUCGUGGUCCCGACCUCGCCGAUCUCACCCUACAUCGUUCACUACACCGCCAAGAACAACUCCCGGGGCACUAUUGCCGUCGACGUCGUGAUCGGUGCAGACGGCGCUAACAGCCGAGUCGCCAAAUCAAUCGACGCCGGUAGCUACACUUGCGCCAUCGCCUUCCAGGAGAGAAUCAAAUUACCAGAUGAGAAAAUGGCAUAUUACGAAAAUCUCGCCGAGAUGUACGUUGGCAGCGAUGUCUCGCCAGACUUCUACGCAUGGGUUUUCCCGAAAUGCGACCACGUGGCAGUGGGCACUGGUACUGUGUGCCUCAAACAUGACAUUAGGUUAUACCAAAAAGGAAUCCGAGAAAGAGUCAAGCCGAAGAUCAACGGUGGAAAAGUGAUCAAAGUGGAGGCCCACCCGAUACCCGAACACCCUCGUCCGGUUCGGGUCAGAGGACGCGUGGCGCUCGUAGGUGACGCGGCCGGGUACGUAACGAAGUGUUCAGGGGAAGGAAUAUACUUUGCCGCGAAGUCAGGAAGGAUGUGUGGAAACGCUGUCGUAAAGGCAUCCGAAGGUGGGAUGAAGAUGAUUGACGAGAGUGAUUUGAGGAGGGAGUACUUGAAGGAGUGGGAUGCGAAGUAUAUAAGCACUUUUAGGUUUCUGGAUUUGCUUCAGAGGGUAUUUUACGGUAGUAACGCGUGCAGGGAGGCUCUGGUGGAGCUGUGUGGGGAUGAGUACGUGCAACGCAUGUCGUUUGAGAGCUACUUGUAUAAGAAGCUGGCAGAUGGGGAUAGGUUGGAGGAUGUAAAGAUGGUGGCCAACACUAUUGGGAGCUUGAUGAGAAGUAAGAUUCUGGGAAAAGAGAUGCAGAAAUUGGUAAUAUAGAGAAUUUUUUCUUAACCUCGGUGCAUUUUUUUGCAGUCUAAGUUAUUUUGGGGUCGAGACCUUUUUUUUUUUUAAUUUUAAAUUAUUUCAAGUCCUACAAUUUCCUGCAAUGUUACUGUGUUGUUUGUUGGCCGUUUAAUUGGGAGAGAAUGAUAAAUAAGAACCUUGCAAAAAUUUUAAUAUUGAAAUAUGAUAAAAAGAAUACUGAAAUUUGAGAACAUUAAUAUUCUUAUAAAGUUUUUAUUUAUCAUUCUCCUUUUAAUUGGGCUUAUGAGUAAUUUACACUGAACAAGGCAAUGCACUAUAUCGUUAUAAACGCCGUGCGUUAAGAUUACAGUAAAA